CUAGGCUUUUCAUUCUUCAAUGGCCAGCUCCAUUGUUUAUUGGAAGCAAGAGAAUGUUUGCCUGUGUCUAAUACACUACCAGUCUCUCUUCAACAGUGUGCUCCAUUGUAGAUACUGUAUGAUGGAUUGUCCAGUUUUAUUUCACAUUAUUCUUGAUUAUUUUUCCCAGCUGAAGUUAUCUUUGAUUUUGGGAUGAACUUCCUCUGUGAAAGUCUUGCUCUCAAAGAUGGGUUUUUUUCAGAUUUUUUAGCCCUCUAAAUUACGUAUCUUGCUACUACUGCCACUGAACAGCUCUUGAAGCCUACAAUUCUUUCUUCACUUUUGGUUCUAGCGAUUCAUCUCGCGGUAAUGGGGCUGAAAAGGGUUAUGGUUGUUCACCCAUAUAAAACCGUUAAAUUACUUCCAUUGCCACUCUUGUUCCUGCUAUUUCUGUGUUCAUGCCCUUCUCAGUGUGUUGACAUAGACCCGGAAGACAAGGGCUCGCUUUUUCUGUUCAGUUCUUGGGUUCAAAACCGAAACCACAGCUUGUCAACCUGGGUUGCUUCCAACUGCACCAACUGGACUGGAAUCGCCUGUGAAAACCAGACGGGUCGUGUUGUAUCAAUCAACCUGUCCUACAUGAACUUGUCAGGUCGUAUUCACCCCAACUUGUGCAAAAUUUUCUCCAUUAAAAUCUUGAUUUUGUCUCACAACAACUUCACGGGGCAAAUCCCGUCUUGUUUUGGUUGGUUGCAAAAUCUCAAUACCCUUGAUCUCAGUCACAAUAGGUUUGGUGGUGCUUUACCUGUCACAUUCAUGAGGCUUGGGCAAUUGAGAGAACUAGUUUUGAAUAGUAAUCAAGAUUUGAGAGGUCUUUUUCCUUGGUGGAUUGGUAAUUUCUCAACCAAUUUGGAGAAACUUGACUUGGGUUUCAAUUCUUUCAGUGGGGAAGUUCCUGAGAGCUUGUUGCACUUGAAUUCUCUCAAGUAUUUGGAUCUUGAGAAAAAUUACUUAUCUGGCGAUCUUCCCGACUUUUAUCAGCCUCUAGUUUAUCUUAAUCUCGGGUCUAAUUCAUUUUCGGGUACUUUGCCUUGUUUUUUUGCUUCGAUUCACUCUCUCAAUGUUCUAAAUUUGGCUAAUAAUUCCAUUGUUGGUGGCAUUCCUACAUGUAUUGACUCACUGCAAGAACUGACACAUCUGAAUUUAUCAUUGAAUCACCUGAAUUAUGGGAUAUCUCCAAGACUUGUGUUCUCAGAGAAGCUUCUUGUGUUGGACUUGAGUUCCAAUGAUUUAUCGGGACCUCUUCUGAGUAAAAUAGCAAAGAUAACUGAGAAAUCAGGGCUUGUGUUCCUCGACCUGUCACACAACCAGUUUUCUGGUAAUAUCCCACUGAUGAUUACGGAUCUGAAAAGCUUGCAAGGUUUGUUUCUUUCUCACAAUCUUCUUUCUGGGGAAAUUCCUGCAAGGAUUGGAAACUUGACUUAUCUCCAAGUAAUAGACCUUUCGUACAACUUGUUAUCUGGCUCAAUCCCGUUGAACAUUGGUGGGUGUUUUCAGCUACUUGCAUUGAUACUCAAUCAUAAUAAUCUCUCUGGUGAAAUUAAACCAGAGCUUGAUGCAUUGGAUAGCCUGAGGAUAUUGGAUAUAAACAACAAUGGGAUUUCUGGGGAGAUUCCGUUAACUUUGGCAGGCUGUAAAUCUCUGGAGAUUGUAGAUUUCAGUUCCAACAAUCUCUCUGGAUCUUUAAAUGAUGCAAUGACCAGAUGGUCAAACCUUAGAUAUCUUUCUCUGGCUCGGAACAAGUUCGGUGGAAAUUUGCCAAGUUGGCUGUUCACAUUUCAAGCAAUAAAAAUGAUGGAUCUCUCUUGCAACAGAUUCUCUGGCUUCAUACCAGAUGGUAACUUAAAUGUCAGCUUAAGUUUUAAUUAUGAAGAGAUUGGUAGAAGAAUGUCUAAGGAACCAACUGUUGCAAUGCAUGAUAUGGAGAUUAAGAUCUUCAUGGUGGUCGUUGAUAGCAAUGAAGUGAGCUUCAACUAUGUUGUCUCUUCAGCCGUUGGAAUCAGCCUAUCUGAUAAUUUGCUCCAUGGACAAUUUCCUGAAAGUUUAUUUGGUCUACAUGGUAUAGAGUACCUAAACUUAUCAUUCAAUUUCCUUGAUGGUAAGAUUCCUCCGGGGUUGCAGAAGAUGUGGAAUUUAAGAGCCUUGGAUUUGUCUCAUAAUUCUUUGUCAGGUCAAAUUCCGGCCAACAUCUCGAGCCUUGAAGCUCUGAUGCUGUUGAAUUUGUCGUAUAACUGUUUCUCAAGAUUUGUUCCCAACAAACAGGGGUAUGGUAAGUUUCCAGGAGCAUUGGCAGGAAACGCAGAUCUUUGCGUGGAGUCCUCUGGUGAAGGGUGUAGAAGGUCAGGCCUUCCGCCGGUGCCUGGGAAAGGGCCUGGAGAAGAAAUGGUAGAGGGACCAAUCUCCAUCUGGGUAUUCCUUUUAAGUGCUUUUGUUAGUUUCUAUAUUGGUGUUGGUGCUCUCUUUUGUUCAGCUCCAGUAAGGAAUUAUAUUCUCCAAACAAAAGUUUCAGGCUGCCAAUGACUCAGAACGAUUCUUAAUGAUUUUGCAAGCAUAAAUAUUCUAGAUAAUCGACUUGGCUGGGUGAGAAUGUGUUCUAAGAACAAAUAUUACUUGAAGAUGAUAAAGGUUUCGAUAUAUAUAUAUUUUUUUAAACUAGAGAGGAGUAGAUGUGAUGUGAUGAUGUGCCUUGGCUCUAUUACUGACACUGUGAAUAGCAUAAAUUGCGAUUUGUUUAACCAGCUUUCUACUUCUACUCAAGCAUGUACGAGAGAGAGAGUUCGGAAACUGGAACAAUAAAAUCAGAUCUAUUCAACGUUUAAAUUGUAUUUUCAAUUCCUACAACAGCCUCCAAACAAUGGGGACGGACAUCUGGAUGUAAGACCUGGCGAACUACAUAUAAAAAAUUAAAAAAAGAUAGUCUUAUCUGCCAGAUUCAGGUCUACCAUGCAAGAAAUGGCAAAAAUAGAAAUAUCCGUAAGCACUUUAGUCCCAAACGAGAACUGAAGUGGCAGAUACAACAACCAUGUUCAACUCCCACAUCCAGCAAAAAAAUAAUAAUAAUUUUGGAGCCACCCCUAUGGGUCGAAGCCCUGUAAUUAUCUAGUGCAUGUGGGACGGGGACUCACUUGUUGAGGAUCUACCAUGUAAGGCAGGUCCAAUGCGGCUGUGUUUUGGAUGAAUUCCUCAUUUUAAAAAAAAAAAAAAA